AUGCCCGACGACCUACCCGCAGGCGUACCUCCAGCACGCACCCACGAGCACGAGAUCGUGGAGGAACCAGGUGCGAAACCCGUCUCACGUGCACCAUACCGACUGAGUCCGACCGAACUGACAGACAUGAAGAAACAGAUAGAGUAUCUACUGGACAGACAACUGAUCCGCCCAUCCACCUCUCCCUACGGUGCACCAGUCCUCUUCACUCCAAAACCAGACGGCAGUUUACGGAUGUGCAUCGACUACCGCGCACUGAACAAACAGACAGUAAAAAACAAAUACCCCAUACCGCGCAUAGACGACCUACUGGACCAACUGCGUGGUGCAACUGUCUUUUCGAAGCUGGACCUACGGUCGGGUUACUGGCAGAUCAAGAUGGCGGACAACUCGAUCCACAAGACGGCGUUCCGUACCAGAUACGGCUCCUACGAAUACUUGGUGAUGCCGUUCGGACUCUGCAACGCACCAGCAACGUUCCACGCGGAAAUGAACCAUAUCCUGCGGCCCCUGUUGGACGAGUGCGUAGUUGUGUACCUGGAUGAUAUCCUCAUCUACUCCAAGAACAUGAAGGAGCACGUGGAGCAUCUGCGGAAAGUCUUCGAGAUCCUGCGGAAAAACAAGUUCUACGUGAAGCUAUCGAAGAGCGACUUCGCCCUGAAGAAGGUGCAGUUUCUCGGGCACAUGGUGAGUGCCGAGGGCGUACACGUGGACCCGCGGAAGAUCGAAGCCGUCAAGAAGUGGAAAGUACCGGAGAACGUGAAGGAGUUGCAGCAUUUCCUAGGCUUCGCCAACUACUACAACAGGUUCGUGCCGCAGUAUGCUAAGAUAGCAGCGCCACUGACCGACCAACUGAAAAAGGAUACGCCCUACAAAUGGGAUACUCCUCACCAGCAAGCCAUGGAGCAGCUACAGACAGCACUGACCACAGCCCCAGUACUCAUCUUACCGGAUCCAGACAAGGACUACGUGGUGGAAGCAGACGCUAGUGACCACGCAGUCGGAGCAGUACUGAUGCAGGAUCACGGACGCGGUUUGCAGCCCAUCGCCUACCUCAGUAAGAAGCUACACGGAGCAGAACUGAACUACCCCAUCCAUGACAAGGAAGCCUUAGCAAUAGUCAUAGCCUUCAAGGCGUGGAGGUGUUACCUAGAGGGAGCCAAGACUACAGUCUAUACUGACCACUGCAGCCUCAAAUACCUGAAGUCGCAGCCUACACUUUCACGACGACAGGUGCGGUGGGUGGACUUCCUGGAAACUCACUUCCACUACGACAUCAUCUACAAGCCUGGACUACACAACAAGGCAGACGCGUUGAGCCGCCCCGGACAUGUAGCAGGCAUCCAGCUCGACGGGAUGAACCCUCUGCUCAAGGGUCUAUUCCAACAUGGGUACUCCGUGGACGCAGAGAUCGCUACAGCACAGACUAAGAAGCUGUUACAGUGGGAGAAAGACUUAGCUGUAAGGAAGGGUUCAGGAAAGAUUUGGGUACCGAAUUACGCCCCGCUACGGCAGAUCCUCUUGGAGGAGUUUCACGACGUACCUUACGCGGGACAUUUCGGGAGCAACAAGACGUUAGCAGGGAUAGCAAAGUAUUACUACUGGCCGGGGAUGGCAGCAGACGUGCAGCAGUUCGUCACCUCAUGCGACACGUGCCAGCGGAUGAAGAGCAGCAAGCAGAAAAAAGCAGGGUUACUUCAGCCUCUACCCGUACCGGAGCAGCCAUGGCAGGUCAUUAGCCUCGACUUCAUCACAGGACUUCCUUCGACCUCACGGGGGCACGAUUCCAUCCUCGUAGUGAUCGAUAAGUUCUCCAAAAUGGGUCACUUCAUACCGACCAACGCCACAGCUACAGCUGAAGCAACUGCUCGCCUCUUCUUUGACCGCAUCAUCACCAUCCACGGGAUCCCCGCUACACUCAUCUCAGACAGAGACCCCAAAUUCACCAAAGCUGCUAUGGGCAACGCACGCCGUGCUCUCAAGGACUAUCUUGUCAAGCAGGGUGUAUCUCACGCCACCUAG